GGAAGUGAGAGAGCGACCAGAGAGCCGCUGCUGCCACCUCAACAUGGAGUAGCCAGAGCCCAGCGAUCACUGCUCGCAAGCGGAUCCCACAGAGCGGAAUCCCCGGCGGCCUCUAUUCAGCCCUCCAUCCGAAGCCCCCGCCAAUGAUCCAGGAGCCGUUUUUUGUCCAGGCGAAGCGAAGCUCGGCUUUUAUUUAGAAAGAUGGCGAACGACUCUCCAGCUAAAAGUCUCGUAGACAUAGACUUGGCUUCAUUGCGGGACCCUGCUGGGAUAUUUGAGCUGGUGGAGGUAGUUGGAAAUGGCACCUAUGGACAAGUAUACAAGGGACGACAUGUCAAGACCGGACAGCUGGCUGCCAUCAAGGUCAUGGACGUCACAGAAGAUGAAGAGGAGGAAAUUAAACUGGAGAUCAAUAUGCUGAAGAAGUAUUCCCACCACAGAAACAUAGCCACCUACUACGGUGCUUUCAUUAAGAAGAGCCCCCCGGGACACGACGACCAGCUAUGGUUGGUGAUGGAAUUCUGUGGUGCUGGUUCGAUCACUGACCUUGUGAAGAACACAAAAGGGAACCAGCUGAAGGAAGACUGGAUCGCCUACAUCUCCAGAGAAAUCCUCAGAGGUUUGGCCCACUUACAUGCCCACCACGUCAUCCACCGCGACAUCAAAGGCCAGAACGUCCUGUUGACAGAGAAUGCUGAAGUUAAACUCGUGGACUUUGGUGUGAGCGCUCAGCUGGAUCGGACAGUGGGGAGGAGGAACACCUUUAUCGGGACUCCUUAUUGGAUGGCCCCCGAGGUCAUUGCUUGUGACGAGAACCCGGACGCUACAUAUGAUUACAGAAGUGAUUUGUGGUCUUGUGGUAUCACAGCAAUUGAAAUGGCUGAAGGAGCACCACCCCUUUGUGACAUGCACCCCAUGCGUGCGCUCUUCCUUAUUCCAAGAAACCCUCCUCCUAGGCUCAAAUCCAAAAAAUGGUCCAAAAAGUUUUUUAGCUUCAUUGAGAGCUGUUUGGUGAAGAACUACACACAGCGCCCGCCGACGGAGCAGCUGCUGAAGCAUCCCUUCAUCCGAGACCAGCCCAAUGAGAGGCAAGUCCGGAUACAGCUCAAAGACCACAUCGACAGGACCAAGAAAAAGAGGGGCGAGAAAGAUGAGACAGAGUACGAGUACAGCGGCAGUGAGGAGGAGGAAGAAGAUCCCCCAGAGCAGGAGGGAGAGCCCAGCUCCAUCGUCAACGUGCCAGGUGAGUCGACUCUGCGCCGCGACUUCAUCCGCCUGCAGCAGGAGAACAAGGAGCGGUCGGAGGCUCUUCGUCACCAGCAGCUCCUCCAGGAGCAGCAGCUCCGGGAGCAGGAGGAGUACAAGCGGCAACUGCUGGCCGAGAGGCAGAAACGCAUUGAGCAGCAGAAGGAGCAGAGGAGGCGGCUAGAGGAGCAACAGCGACGUGAACGCGAGAUGAGGAGGCAACAGGAGCGCGAGCAGCGUCGGCGCGAGCAAGAGGAGAAGAGGCGCAUCGAAGAGAUGGAUCGUAGACGUAAAGAAGAAGAGGAACGCCGGCGGGCUGAAGACGAGAAGAGAAGGAAUGAUCGUGAGCAGGAGUACAUAAGACGUCAGCUGGAGGAGGAGCAGCGACACCUUGAGAUGCUGCAGGAGCAGCUGCUCCGUGAACAGGCCAUGCUGCUGGAGUUCAAGUGGCGGGAGCUCGAGGAGCAGCGCAAAGCCGAGCGACUCCAUAAGCGCCUGCAGCAGGAGCAGGCCUACCUGCUGUCGCUGCAGCACGAAUCCAAACAGCAGCCUGGCGACAAGACAAAACUCCCCUCAGACCAUAGCAAACCUCCGCAGACCUCCACUCUGCCCCCCGACAGAGCCCUCACCACAACCCCACAAGCUCAGGUCCUUGACGCUGCUGCCGUUUCUUUAGCUAGAGGCGAAUCCUCCAAAGCCCCCCAGACGAUCCCCUCAGACAGCAGUAAAUCCCAGGCAGCAGCACAAGACAAGACUGAUGAGACCUGCCCCAGCCGGCUCUCUAACUCCCCCAGCCCCCCUCCGACUGAAACCCCAACUGACUCUAAACCUCCCCAGGCAGAAAGUUUGGAGCCCGACAGGCCCAGCGAGCCUGUCAGUCAUCCUCCUCAGCCUAUCAGAGAGGCCGACGAGCGCUACCGUAAGAACAUUCAGGGCUCCCCUCAGAUCGCCCCUCCUCCCAAGCAGCCCCCUCUGCCUCCCCGCUCCUCUGAACCGUUCUCCAAUGGCGGCUCCUCCGAGGCCUCCGCCAUGCACCGGCCCAUGGAGCCUCAGGUCCAGUGGUCCCACCUGGCCGCUCUAAAGAGCAGCAACAGCGCCGCCCCCUCUCCUCCUCCUCCGCCCGUGGUCUCUCGCUCCCAGUCCUUCAGCGAGUCUGGUGGCGUGACCUCUAACUUUGCACAACUCCACCUGCGCUCCCAGGACCCCCACCAUCACCACCACCACCACCCAUCGCCCGCACGCACUGACCCCCAACCCCAACCUCCCCUCCGCCACCACCCUCAGGGCCAGAGCAGCGGUGAGGAGGUCCCUCCCAAGGUACCAGUGAGGACGACAUCCAGGUCUCCUGUACUGUCGCGCCGAGAGUCUCCUCUGCCGUCACAACCCGGCAACCAGGGCGGACAGAGGAACGCUGGCGGUAACGUGGAGCAGCGCCCACUGUGGGACAGGGUGGAGAAGCUGCAGUCUCGUCCAGGCAGCGGCAGCUCCUCCGGCUCCUCCAACUCCAGCUCCCAGGCCAGUCCAGGGGAUCGCUUCAGGCCACGCUGUGAGUCCCCUGCUUCCUCUAAGUCUGAAGGAUCACCUCUCCAGCGGCCUGAGAACGUUUCCAAAAAACAAGAUGAAAAGAACCUCGCCAGGCCAACUCGACCAGCUGGUGAUGUGGACCUGACCGCUCUGGCCAAAGAGCUCCGCGCAGUCGACGAUGUGCGGCCUCCCCACAAGGUGACCGACUACUCCUCCUCCAGCGAGGAGUCGGGCACUACUGAUGAGGACGAUGAUGAGGAGGUGGACCAGGAGGCGGGAGAGGAGUCCACUUCAGGGGCCGAGGACUCCAGAGCUGGAUAUUCCCAUGGCUUCCGCAGGAGGCUGAGCAACGGAGAGACCGAGUCUGCCAAGACCAUGCUGGUUGAGGACUCGGAGAGCGACCAAGCCACCACUCCCUCCAAGGAUGGCACUCUGGUCAUCAGACAGAGCACAGCAGACAUAAAGCGGUUGGUCAGUCUCUCAUCUUCCUCGCCUGGCUCAGGUCAUGGCCAACCCCCCAGCCACGGCCUCCCAGAGAAAAAUGGCUUUGCCGGCCGCAUACACCACCUACCAGACCUUAUCCAGCAGAGCCAUCACUCCCCCUCCUCUUCUACAACCAUCCCUUCCUCCUCCUCCUCCCCUUCCUCCUUCCCCUCAUCAUCUAGCCAUGCCAGUCCUGCAAUGUCCCCACAGAUCCCCUUGGACGAGCUCAUUGCUAUAGAGUCCCAGUCAGAGAGCAACUCCAUGUCCAAACACAAGUCUUCCUCUUCGUUCACUCCCUUCAUUGACCCACGCCUUCUGCAGAUAUCGCCAUCCAGCGGCAGCUCCCUCAACAACAUGGCAGGAUUUGGGCAGGACGGUCGGCUGGCAGACCCGCUGAGGUCUGAUCCGUCCCGCAAAGGCUCCGUGGUCAACGUCAACCCCGUCAACACGCGUCCGCCGAGCGACACUCCGGAGAUUCGCAAGUACAAGAAGAGGUUCAACUCUGAGAUCCUGUGUGCAGCGCUUUGGGGAGUGAAUCUGCUGGUGGGGACAGAGAGCGGUCUGAUGCUGCUUGAUCGUAGCGGUCAGGGGAAGGUUUACCCCCUGAUCAACCGUCGACGCAUCCAGCAGAUGGACGUCCUGGAGGGACUCAACGUCCUGGUCACCAUAUCAGGUAAAAAGAACAAGCUACGAGUGUAUUACCUGUCGUGGCUCAGAAACAAGAUUUUGCACAACGACCCUGAGGUGGAGAAGAAGCAGGGUUGGGUCAAUGUGGGCGACCUGGAGGGCUGCGUCCACUACAAAGUCGUGAAGUAUGAGAGGAUUAAAUUCUUGGUGCUGGCCUUGAAGAACGCUGUGGAGGUGUACGCCUGGGCGCCCAAACCCUACCACAAGUUCAUGGCCUUUAAGUCUUUCGGUGACCUGGUGCACAAGCCUCUGCUGGUUGACCUGACUGUGGAGGAAGGUCAGAGGUUAAAGGUCAUCUACGGCUCCUGCUCAGGCUUCCAUGCUGUUGAUGUGGACUCCGGUGCCGUCUACGACAUCUACCUGCCCACACACAUCCAGACCAGCAUUCAGUGCCAUGCCAUCAUCAUAUUGCCCAACACUGAUGGAAUCGAGCUGCUGGUGUGUUACGAGGACGAGGGCGUCUAUGUGAACACCUACGGACGCAUCACCAAGGACGUGGUGCUGCAGUGGGGAGAAAUGCCAACUUCAGUGGCCUACAUUAGGUCAAACCAGAUCAUGGGCUGGGGUGAGAAGGCCAUAGAGAUCCGCUCGGUGGAGACGGGCCACCUGGACGGCGUUUUCAUGCACAAGAGAGCCCAGAGACUCAAAUUCCUUUGCGAGAGGAACGACAAGGUCUUCUUUGCCUCUGUGCGCCCUGGAGGUGCCAGCCAAGUCUAUUUUAUGACCCUAGGACGCUCUUCCCUCAUGAGCUGGUAGACGACAUCCUUCAACAUCAGCCGACCUGACGACCACACCCGAGCAGUGACCAACAGAUGACGAUUGUGACUUUGACCAACACCGAUGAAGAAGAGAAACUCGCCUUGAGCCUGAGCCGGAAGAAGCGUUCCUGCGGAGCUUCCUCUCACCUGCUCGGGCGAAACAAAACAACGGAUUGGACUGUAAUCAGGAUAAGAAGCUAGGGAUGGAUGUGUGUUUUUUUUUGGAGGUGGGGGGGGAGGUGAGGAAGUGCGUUCUGUUUGUCCGCUGAGUGUACUCGUAACCACAGCAGAAACCUUCCUCGUGAGCCUCCAGGUUUUUCCAGCCUUCGAGCCUCUCCUCUUCCGCUGAGGGACACGGGAUGUGUUGCCUGUUGAUGGUUAAAUCUUUAUGUGUCAUAGUAAAAAAAACUUUGUAUGUGAAUGACAAAAUGUGUUUUGUCUGACGGGGGCGAUUUAAAAGGCGGCUGUUGCUGCACCGAAGGAGGCGUGUUUUAGUCGCGGCCCCGUUCAAAUGAUUUUCCACCACGGUAGGUAGGUUUUCACGUCAAGCACGUCAUCGCAACACUAUUCACAGUAGUUCACCCAUAAACAAUGCUUGACAUGUAAAUCUGCCUCUUUUGCCUUCACCUCCUUAAAGUGAAGAAUUCUUAAGGGACCUUCAUGAUAUAUCCAUUAAAUACAGGGUACUGGAUGUCAGCUUGUACAUACUAACUACAUCAAGGCUUCAGACUCUCACAGGUUUUCCCUUUUUUACCACAUUGCCUCGUGUGCUGUAGGUUAUGUUGGACAGAAGUUUAUGACAGCAUGAUGCUUUGGUGUUAUUAACAAAAAAAAAUUAGCCCCGGUUUUUUAAUACACUGUAUAUUUUGUAUGUGACUUGCUGCACAUGAAUAAACGCACCCAUAGAUGAGUUUUAAAGGAAAAAUCCACCUUAUUUAUCAUCAAUCUGUAAGUUUUUUCCUUCCAUUGAAGUCUGCACAUUUUGCUCUGGAAAUAUUAAAAAAAACACACACACCCACGAAAUAGACCCAGAAAUGUGAGGUUCAUUACAAGUAGCUGUAUUAGUUAAAGUGGAUUUUUCCUUUAAUAUUAAGUAGGGCUAGGAUAAACUGUGAAUUAGACAUGCAAAAUUAGCAGGUGGCCAUUAAGGUAGCAUGGAGGCCAGUGGGCAGAAGUGACGGUAAGGGAACGAGGGCGGCGUGUUAAGCGCUGAGAAGAAGCUUUCCACAGAGAGGAGGAAAUCAGCCGAUUGUCCUCAAAUCAUCCAACUCUGUAUUCUCAGACUUUAGCUUCACAUGUAGCUGAACGGUUGCCUUAGAAGGGUCUCCAGCUGAUUGAAAUCUGUCAAAAUCCACAACUUCACAAGCGAAGAAUUGGAUUUUGCGAACUGCAGGAACACUUUAGUCUGAAGCAGCCAUGUGAUUCAAUGUUGGACCUCUUUUUUUUUUUUUGUUGUUGUUGAUAUUUUGGUCUUCAGACAGGUGGUUAGUUCACUUAAUUCAGUCUGCAUUGAAGAUACACACCACUUUAACUGAACUCCAUCCCACAAUUGUGUUUUAUUUUUCUUCCUCACUCAUCUUCUGAUACGACAAGACUCGCUUCAUGUUAGACGGUCUCAUUCCACUGUUAAAUGUAGAAUCCAUCCUGCAGCUGUGCUUAUGUGUGAUUGAGAAAACUUGAUAACAGGACUCAAAAAGUUUCACCUACACUUGACUCUCCGAUCUCGCUCUCAGUAGGGGUGGUGCCUUCACUGUCUGAUGAGAGGGACGUCCUGGAGGUGAGAGCUACAGGACAUUGGAAUGAGAUUCUUUCACUGUCUUAUCUGUGACAAGCAAAGAAGGCAUGAAAUAAAAACAACACACGUUCCAAUAGCAGUGUUAACAAAACCACUUGAGAUGGCGUGAACUAAGCGGCAUAUUUUUUAACUUGGACUUAGUUUCUAGUCUUGUUUCUGCAAUUUUUAUUAUGUAACCCUUCAGAUAAGUAUGCGACUGCAGUGGUUUUUAAAUUGUAAUGCACACCUUAUGUUCAAAAUGUUUACAGAAGCAAUUGUUUUGUUAAACCAAUGUGCAUCGAUAUGAAUAUUUAUGGUUUUAUUUUGAGGGCAGUUUUUUUUCCCUGUUUUGUAUUUUGUAUUAUUCCCUUUUUGUACUAUCAUUUAGACGUUUGUGUACAGGAAUAAUCAACUUUUGCUCACUUUACGAAUUACACAAGUCCAUAGUGUCUUUUCACUGAUUUCCUCUACAUCCUGCGUAGUGCACAGUGGUGCCCCUGGCUGUGUGGCAGCAUGGAUCCGAUGUUUUCUACCACCCAGGUGCCAGGUGACAUGAUUCCCCUCAGACGUCUCUCUGCCAUGCCUCUAAUUUAUGUCCUCUCUGUGUGUACUAUGGGAAUUACUGUAUUUUCCUGAAGGUCUUUUUUUUUUCUCCAUUGAAUAAAAUCAGAAGUAAUUUACAGAC